CUACAUCUAUCUCUCUGGAGCCACACAAAAAGUCAUAGGAUGCGAGACACAAGAUCACGAAACCGCUAUAAACUAACGAACGCGUUUCUAUGUAAGCUCACCCAACUCAAAGAAGACGAAACUCAGUGACUCGGGAAGCUAGAACUCACCAACUCACUUCAAUGGCUUCCGUUCACAGCACAGUACCUCACCACACUUUCCUCCCUUCAAUUUCCAAACCAAAAUCAAAAUCAAAAUCCAUUUCCAAGCCACAAAACUUUCCAGCAUCAAGAUUCUCCACUAAUCCAAAUUUCACAAAACGUGCAGUUGUAGCGACGAAAGUAUCGACGGAGGAGUUCGACGUAAUUGCAGUACAAAGCAACGAUAUUACAGACCAACAAGAAGGUUUGAUAGUGAGCCGUGUGGAAAUGGAAGGUGGAGAUGGUGAAUUAGGGACGACGAUGACGACGCAAGUGAAUGGAUUUGGAGCGAAUGAAGGUUUGUUAUCGUUGGAAGGUUUUCCGAGUUCAUCGGGUUUGGUUGGGAAUGAGAAUGAAGAGAAUGUGGAGAAGCUUCUAGAUAGAAGUAUUAAUGCUAGUAUUGUUCUUGUUGCUGGUACUUUUGCUCUUACGAAGCUUCUUACUAUUGAUAGUGAUUAUUGGCAUGGAUGGACAAUCUAUGAGAUAGUAAGAUAUGCACCUCUACACAACUGGUUAGCUUAUGAGGAAGCUCUUAAGACAAAUCCGGUUUUUGCCAAGAUGGUGAUUAGUGGGGUUGUUUAUUCUGUAGGAGACUGGAUCGCUCAGUGCUUUGAAGGAAAGCCUCUUUUCGAGUUUGAUCGUGCACGGAUGUUCAGAUCCGGGCUUGUUGGUUUUGCUCUGCAUGGCUCUCUUUCUCAUUACUAUUAUCAGUUUUGUGAGGAGCUAUUUCCUUACAAAGGAUGGUGGGUAGUUCCUGUCAAAGUUGCCUUCGAUCAAACUGCAUGGUCAGCAGUUUGGAACAGCAUUUAUUAUACGGUCGUGGGGAUCCUGCGUUUUGAUUCUCCAAUCAAUAUUUUCAAUGAAUUGAAGGCUACAUUUUUCCCCAUGUUGACUGCAGGAUGGAAGUUGUGGCCAUUUGCUCAUCUAAUAACUUAUGGCGUAAUACCAGUUGAGCAACGACUUCUUUGGGUGGAUAUGAUAGAGCUUAUUUGGGUGACCAUACUUUCAACAUAUUCAAAUGAAAAAUCAGAAGCAAGAAGCUCUUCAGAGUCUAUAGAAGCGAAAUCCGCUACAUCUGAGGAGUGAAAAGAAGAGAUGUGUGAUAAAAAAGAUUGUUAUAAUGGAGUGAAGUUCACGGUGCGCUGGACCUUAAUUUGGUUUGGACAUAGAUUUAUAAUGCAGAAUAUCGAAGAAGCUGAUUGUAUAUGUGUAUAUGUUGUAUCCCUCGGAAAUUCAUGUAUGUUAGGCAACAUUAUCAACUCUCCUGUAGCCAUUACACAAUGUGAUUGUUCAUAAAAUUUAUAGAUAGACAAUAUAUUUUUGAACUUGACUUACUUGCAUGUAUUGCAAUGCAGUCGAGAUAGGAUUUAUUCCGUUAAACAGGUCAAAAUUGUGUAUAUAUAUGAAAUCAGAGAUGACUGAGUUAGAUGGUGGUCCA